CUGCUGCUGCUGUUGUUAGACUGGGGCUGGGCUCUGCAGGAUGCGGCGGCUGUUAUAGGAGGUGAAUCCUGGUGCAGCACAGGGUCUUCUGUCCAGCUGACUCCUCACAGUAAGGCGGGGUGUGUAAAGCAGCGAGAGAGCAGCUCCUUGCUCUGGAAAGAAGACUAACGGUCCUCUGACUGCGGAGACUAUGGAGACUACCAGCUAACGGCUAACGAGGCAUGGCGCUGACUUCAGCCCACUUCCAGCACUUUGACAUUUAACAUAGCCAAGUUAGCUAACGCGAGUUAACUUGCUUAGCUAGCUUAAUGCUGUAAUUUUCGUGUUAUUUGUAACUGUUUAUACAGGCCAAGGGGAAAAAUAAGCUUUUUUUUUUAAAAAUAGGAACAAUCGACAUACAUUGUAUAGAGCCAUUUUUAAGGCUUGUCACGCUGGGAAAAAAUAGCUACCCAGCUUUUUAAAUAACUAUCUAACCUGCUUGUUCGCUAACUACACAUGAGAGGCGUCUGUAGAGGAGAAUACCUACUUAAGAGUCUCUUCCUGGUGUAUCAGGCCAAUAGAGGGCGCUCCAGAUAGAGUCCAGAAUGAAUGGGUUCAUAUGGAGAAACUGAGCAAAAUCAGAGUUCAUAAAUGUUUAAUCAUUUUCAUACUGAAAAUGUAACUCGUUUCCGUAACACAGGAGAACAUCACACGUUACUGCAUAACGUACGGCAUACAUAUAUUUUUUAAAAACCUUUAACUCCAGUUAUAAGCCUUUAACCCUUUCAGACCUAAAUUAUGUUUAAAUUAUGGGGAAAUAUAAGAAAGCUGUUUUGUACACAAAACAGGACUGUAAUAUUUUAAUAUAAAAUUAUGCUAGUUUAGUACUUAAAGCCUGCUUAUUGUAGAAAAAUAGAAAUGGGUAUGGAUAGGAUUUCUUUGCUUUUUAGCAGUAUACAUAUUCCACUUUUCGAAAUUAACCCCCUAACAGGCCAGCAUUUUUUGUCAAUUUCCUGCUUGAUAUUAUACACCUAAAUCUUAAAGAUUUAUAUUUAACCCUCCUGUUAUGUUCAUUUAUCAGGAACAGCAAUGGUGUUCCCAGGUCAUAUUGACAUGGUGCAUUUUAAAUUAUCCAAAAGAUGUCUGAAACCAAAAAAGUCCUAACAAGCAGUGUGAAUAUUUCAUUACUAACUUUACAACUAAUUAUUCUAUCAAUAUUUAGUGCAAUGGUGUUCCUUACCUCUAACAUGUAAUGGUUCAAUUAGGAUCAUUUAUUUGUUUUUUUAAACGUUACUGCAAAUUCCAAUUGUAAUUGUAAUAGAAGUUAUUUUUAAAAAUGUAAGUAAAUCUGCAACUUUAAAAAUAUAAUAAAUAACAAUCAUAAAAUUUGCACGUUCCUAAACUUCAAUUUAAAAUCAAUAUUUUUUUUAUACAAAUCAAACAUUUAAUGUCCUCCAAACCUUUAUUUUUGUUAUGUUUGUCUAGUUUUUACGUCUAUUUUCAAACAUGCAGAAUUUGGGUUAAUUCCUGUUACUGAUCUGGAAGUGGAGUAGAGAGAAAACAGACAGCUGUACCAAGUGUCCUGUGGGAGAUUUCAAAGCCUUCAAAGUUUUUAGAAUGUGAAAAACCAAUUUUACUGCAGAGAAAAAGGGUUUUGUAUUACAUACACGUGUAGCCUGUAUACGUUCCAGUGCCUGUAAAAGGGUUAAAAAGAAUAUCCUGAAUAAGUAUUUAAUAACUGCUUAUAUAUUUAUUUUGAGUUUUAGCGCUUUAGCCUCAUUCACUUCCAUUCAUUGAGGACUCAUUUGCGGGCUCCCUCUAGCGGUUUGCAGUAUUUAUUUACUGGAAGAUAGGAAGUGGGAAGGCUCGCAAUAAUAAACCAGCUCUGACUGUGUAGUUCGUUAGCCAACCUUAACCCUAGCCAGCCUUAAAGCUAGCUUAGUUAGCUAGCUGUCAUUUAACGCUGGGAGCUUCCUUAGAUGGUCUAUGAUGGGGGCGUUUUGUCAGCUGGUCCGUGCAGUUUUGAAUUAGGGGUUUCUGGAAUUAUGCUGUCUCAACUCGUGGGCAAGAUUGAUUCAUGCUAUUUAGCUAAUGCUGCAGAUUUAUUGAGCUCUGAACACAUGUCAGUUUGUGACAUUUCGAGCUUCAGCAGCUGGCACCGUGCUGGUUAGUUAGGGUUAGCUAAGCUAGCGUUGGGUUGGUUCACUAACACUAACACCAACCCCAUUAAAUGCACUGGUGUAGAGUUAUACAGUCCGAAUAUUGAAGCGCCAGUCCGUGUUUAAGGAGAUUAAUGCACCGCCUGGUACCGCCACAGCCACCUCCACCACUCCCGUGGCAUUAUGAGCGAGCACUAUGAGAAGGUUAAAGUGCAGCUCGAGGAGCAGAUGAAGGCGCCGGCUGAGGAUGCGGGCGGCGAAGCUCCGGCGGACCCGCCACCGGCCCCUGCGCUCCCUGCCACCGCCCCGGCCCCGUCCCGGUCAGCCCGGAGGGAAACCUCCAGGACCUCGGUUCACCCGAGAAACCGCAGCAAGAGCCGGGGCAAAGCGAGCAGCCGAGACACGAACGCGAAUGUCAGGCAGGACUGGGACAAGUGUAAGGGACUGAGCCGGCUAGGCAGCGAGCAGAUGCUUCAGAUAAAGGGAACGGGGAAGAUCCUGCAGGGGAAAACGGAGACAAACGGCAGCAAAGAAGAGGACAGAGGCGAGAACGGGAAAGAGAAAGGGAGCAGAGUCGUGCAGAAGAGAAGAUCUGUCACAGUGGAUACAUCCAAAGCCAAAACAUCCCUGGAGGCGCUGAAGCUCAGCAUCAAACAGCUGAAGUGGAAGGAGUUUCCAAUGGGCAGACGGACAGCCUGUGACAUUUACUGGCAUGGUGUCUCCUUCCAUGACAAUGAAAACAUUGUUUCAGGACAGGUCAACAAGUUCCCAGGAAUGAUAGAGAUGUUGCGUAAGAUCAACUUAAGUCGUGCAGUGCGCACCAUGCAGGAGCUGUUCCCGGAGGAGUACAACUUCUACCCGCGCUCGUGGAUACUGCCUGACGAGUAUCAGCUCUUCUCCACUCAGAUUCGGCUCCUAAAGGAUAACGACUCUACCCUGAAACCCACUUUCAUUGUCAAACCCGACAGCGGAUCCCAAGGAGAUGGUAUCUACCUCAUACGGGACCCUGCUGACCUCCGAGCCUUCUCAGGCGCACAGGUCAAGCAGGCAGUAGUUCAAGAAUACAUCCAAAAGCCUCUGCUCAUUGACAAGCUCAAGUUCGACAUCCGUCUUUAUGUUUUGGUCCGUUCUUUGGAACCUUUAGAAAUCUACAUUGCGAAAGAGGGCCUAUCCAGGUUUUGCACUGAACCCUACCAGGAACCCAGCCAGAAGAACCUCAGUCACGUCUUUAUGCAUCUAACGAACUAUUCACUGAACAUACACAGUGGGAAUUUUGUCCAUUCGGACAGCUGUAGCACUGGAAGCAAGCGUACGUUUUCUAGUGUUCUUUACCGCCUGGCCUCUAAAGGAGUGGACAUUAAGAAGGUUUGGUCAGACAUUAUUGCACUGGUUAUCAAGACAGUUAUUGCACUUGUUCCUGAAUUAAAGGUCUUCUAUCAAGCUGAUAUUCCACCAGGAAAACCAGGACCUACUUGUUUCCAGAUACUAGGCUUUGAUAUCUUGUUGAUGAAGAACUUGAAGCCUGUCCUGCUGGAGGUAAAUGCCAACCCAAGCAUGAGGAUUGAACAUGAACAGGAGGUGUCGCCAGGUGUGUUUGAGUAUGUUCCCAGUCCAGUCGAUGAGGAAGUUAAAGUAGGAGUUAUUAGAGAUACACUGCGUCUCAUGGAUCCGGUGCAAAAGAAACCUCAUAUGGCUAAUCUACUGGGCGGGGCUUCAGAAGAAGCGAUUGCGGUGGAGGCGGGGUCAGAAGAAAGGGUGCGGCUGGUGGAGUCACUUCCUUCUCUGUGUUUAAAGCAAGUCUUCCCCAAGUACAUGAAGCAGUUCAACUACCUACGAAUGGUGGAGCGAAUUGCCGACAUUUUCCUGCGCUUCCUCGGAGUCAAAGGGACCAUGAAGCUCGGUCCGACUGGCUUCCGCACCUUCAUCAGGAACUGUAAGCUGAGUAACAGUAGUUUCACCAUGGCCUCAGUGGACAUUCUUUACAUUGACAUCACCCGCCGCUGGUCUGGCAUGGUCCCAGACUCCAGAGAAGCUGGGAUGGGUCUGCAGGCGUUCGUGGAGGCGUUCUUCUACUUGGCUGCUCGCAGGUUUAAGGCCUUGCCUCUGAGGGAGCAGGUGCUGUCGCUGCUGGAGCUCUGUGAAAGUGCUCUGGAGGGACAGGGGCACGUGGAAAAGUCACGGGCUCAAAAGCAGCACUCCGGCAUCAACCCUGCCCCGCCUCACACUACAGCACUGCCCGCCCUCAACUCCCCCGCCACCACACGCCGACACCAGGACAGCCGAGACCAGCGGGCGGAUCAGACCCUGAGACCUUCAGCAAAAGCCAACGUGGAGUGUUGACGACUGUUUCUGGAUCAGUUGAAGAGUCUGGUUUGGGAUUUAGUGAGGGGGAAAGAGAAAACUGGAUGUAGGAAUUAAGAGACAAAACAGGGGCUGUUUUUUAGUACUGUAGUUCUCUCAGCCGGAGAACUUUGUGCACGAGCUUGGGUCAAGUCUAAUUUUUUAAACAUAUUGUACUUGGCUCAUUUUUUCACCCAGUAAUCAUAACACGCACAUCAACAUGGCUGCUUCAGUGGAGUAAAUCCAUGAAUCCAUGUCCGUCGUGCGUUAUGAUGCCAAUAUAUAGGGACUGCCUUAUGACUGACCGUAUGCAUAAGCAUGCAAGUUGCACAGCACUGCUGAAAUAAGGUUUGUGUGACACUUAGGAAUCAAAAUAAUCAUAGGAGGGACGAAUAUGUAUCAUUUUCACCACAACAUCAGGGACACUCAGACUCUCCAUGUUUCCUACACCCCGUCCACAUGUAUCCAGAUGUUUUUAAAACAUGAGGGUUGGCUGUUUUUGCUGUUUUGGUGUCCUGUCCACACUGAAGCACAAUUUUUGGUCACUGAGCUUUUGGAAAAUGUUCACUUAAAGUGAAGAUCUGUGAAAACUAAUAAUCAAAACACAUGCAUGUUUAGGGGUGAAUCUCAAACACUUAUUUUCUCCCUAUAUAGUGAACUAAAUAAGUCAUACAACUACAAUAUCUACACACAGAUCGCACUAGCUAUGAGUUUUUAACAUUUAUAUGAAAAAAUGUUUGUUGUUCUAUUAUGAAUAUACAAGAUAAGUUAGGAAAAGGUCACAGGACACAGGAUACACUCUUUUAUUUUAGAAACUAAAAAUAAAAAGGAAAAUGAUUUAAAGCUCUGGAAAAAAUGAAGAGACCACUUCAGUUUCUGAAUUAGUUUCUCUGAUUUUACUAUUUAUAGCUUUAUGUUUGAGUAAAAUGAACAUUUUUGCUGUUUUAUUCUAUAAACUACAGACAACAUUUCUCCCUAAUUCCGAAUAACAAUAUUGUCAUUCAGAGCAUUUAUUUGCAGAAAAUGAGAAAUGGCUGAAAUAACAAAAAGAUGCAGAGCUUUCAGACCUCAAAUAAUGCAAAAAAAACAAGUUCAUAUUCAUAAAGUUUUAAUAGUUCAGAAAUCAAUAUUUGGUUGAAUAACCCUGUUUUUUAAUAACAGUUUUAUGCAUCUUGGCAUGUUCUCCUCCACCAGUCUUACACACUGCUUUUGGAUAAUUCUAUGCCUUUACUCCUGGUGCAAAAAUUCAAGCAGUUCAGCUUGGUUUGAUGGCUUGUGAUCAACCAUCUCGCUCUUGAUUAUAUUCCAGAGGUUUUAAAUUUGGUAAAAUCAAAGAAAUGUAUUAUUUUAGGUGGUCUCUAUUUUUUUCCAGAGCUGUAUAUAUAUCCAUAUCCCCCAGCAAGUAAUGGCUGAGGGAUUUACUUAGCUGGCAUUUAAGAGGUUAAAGAGGAAUCAACAUUUAAAUAUGUUUUGAUUUUGAAAGAUGAAUCAUUUUUUACUUUUAAACCUUUAAUAAACUAUAGAUUACAUUCUCUUUUCACUCUACAGCCUACACUUUUCAUCAGAACAGACCUAAAAAAAUGUAACCACAUUUCAACAUUGAAGGUCAGUUAUAACCAGCUGUGUAUAUUUUAGUCUAUGUCUGGAACAUGGCUCACCCAGUAUAAAGCUUUAUUUAGAUGUAGUAAUUGUACAACUUGCAUAGUAAACUAUAUAGGUAGUAGUGUUUGAGAUGCCCUCUAUCUAUACAGGGUCAUCUAAAAAAAAUUGUAUAUAUUUG